GUUGGCGGCACUUCCUGAUUCGAGGCAGACGCGUCAUGUUCCUUCCAACCUUCGACUCGUGGAAUGAUGCUGCCCUAUUCUCAUGGGGUAUUGUCGGCUCCAUUUACAUCCGUCAAGAUGAACGUUCCCUGCGACUUGCGCCGACCAACGAAAUGGCUGCUGUGUUGAAAUCGCACCACGUGGUGAUAGGUCCGUUUACAACCUCCAUGCUCGACGAAGCUGUCAAAUGGCUCGAUCAAGGGGCUGUACAUGUCGUGUUGCAAACAACGUACCAGGAACUUGUUGAAGGUAUUGCGUUGGAUCUCCCGCCCUCGCGCGUUUACCUGUCCAUGACCGACUCCGAUCUUGAGCAAGUCGCCGCGCCAACUGCAGUUGCGAUGCUUCCCAAGAUAUCGUCAGGCGUGAUCCUCACCGCCACGUCUUCGUCACCUUCGAUCUCGCUCGUCGAGUUUCGAAAACUCCUGCCUGAGUCAUAUCGCGUCGUGGUUGCGAACGCACCUCUUGAUCUCUUGCCAACAUAUCACCAUCACCACGUCGACGUUGUCGGGUCACCUGCGUCGUUAGAUGCUGGAGCAACGUUUGCUCAAUGCUUGCGCAGCGAUCGCCCCGACGGAUUAUUUGCCACGGUUGUGACAGACCUCUCUGGGGUGGCGUUGGGGUUGGUGUAUUCCAGCGUCGAGAGCAUUAUUGCCGCCGUCGCCGAACGCCGCGGGAUCUUCUACAGCCGAUCGCGAGGAGGAUUGUGGCGCAAAGGGGACAGUUCAGGUCAUACCCAAGAACUCAUCCGGCUCGACUUGGACUGCGACAGCGACGCCAUUCGAUGCAUUGUACGUCAGCAUGAUGUAGCCUCUGCUGUGCCCGACACCGGCGCUUUUUGUCACUUGAACACUCGUACAUGCUGGGGUCACGCGUCGGGUAUUCGAGAGCUUCAGUUGACCCUGCAAGAACGUCUUGGGUCGGCACCAGCAGGUUCCUACACGAAGCGCCUCUUUGACGAUCGCACCUUGUUGCGCAACAAACUCGUUGAAGAAGCGCAAGAACUAGCUGAGGCAGAAGAUUCCACCCACGUGGCCGAGGAAGCUGCGGACGUGCUGUAUUUUGCCAUGGUGCGCGCAGUGGCUGCAAACGUGUCUUUCCAAGACAUUGAGGCGCAGCUCACGAUGCGUGCGAGGAAGCUGUCGCGGCGUCCCGGGAAUGCUAAGACGUAUCGCAUCGAAGCUGCCGAGGCGAUUUUGAAAGGAGACUAACCAACAACAAAGAGGAAUCGUCAAAGGUGGAAACUGGUUUACUGGUUAUCGCGAUUCCGC